GUUUCGUUGGCAGAUAACAUUGGCCUAUCUGUGUGACUUAUUAUUCACUCCUCGCUGCGAAUAUUCAAGUCAUACAUAAAGAUACAUCAAUAUCAAUAUUUUCACCUGAUCGCCUUCCGAGAACAGUCGUCUGUCGCGUUCACUAGUGUUGUUCCAAAAUUUGUGCAAGUGAAUAAGAGAGCCCAUUUAGUGAUGAGACAAAAUGAUACAAUAUAGUGUUUACGUAAAGCGUGUGUAACUUUGAAACAAGCGAUUUCUUUUAGAAUUUGCAUUGUUUAUAUUUACUGAAGAUGACCAUCUUGCAAAAUAUUCCGGAACGAGUUACAAAAACUUCACCGGUAAAGAAGAUAGCGCGAUGGUGGUCCAAAGAAUUUAAAGUUAUUUUGGCUGAAUUUGUAUCGACUACGUUAUUGGUAUUUUUGGGAUGCAUGGCUAACAUACCCCUGGACGAUUUCACCGUCCAGCCCCCGAUGUACGGCCCGAUUGCUUUCGGUCUGGUCGUCUUGUUCAACAUAACGUCAUUCGGGCACAUAUCUGGAGCGCAUAUGAACCCUUCGGUCACAUUGUCUGCAAUAAUAUGGGGCAGCGUGUCGUUCCCUUUAGCAGUAAUGUAUGUUAUAGCUCAGUGCAGCGGGGCGAUCAUCGGAUACGGUUUAUUGCUAACUGUUUCGCCCAUUGACUUAAUCCCAGGAAGUGUUUGUAUUACCCAGCCACAUGUGAAUCACGCUACGUACCAAUCUUUGAUAGUUGAAAUAGUACUGUCUACUGCAUUGGGAUUUAUUAAUUGUGCCGUGUGGGAUCCAGUGAACAAAGAGAAGCAAGAUGCGAUUCCGUUGAAGUUUGGUUUCACUAUUGCAGCCUUGUCUCUCGCAGGAGGCCCUUUGACUGGAGCGAGUAUGAACCCAGCUAGGUCCUUAGGACCUGCGGUGUGGACUGGUAAUUGGAAUACUCAUUGGGUGUAUUGGCUGGGCCCGGCUCUAGGCGGUGCAAUCGCACCUCUACUUUACAAAAUUGCGUGGCUUGAAAAUAAGCAGGAUAAGGAAUCUGAAAUACAAUCUAUCAAUGGCCAAUUGUAAAAAAUGUUAAGAAAAGUUUUAAUAAGUACUUAUGGUAUAGCUUUACUUAGAGAUUUUAAUAUUGUCUUGUAAACGAAUUUAUAAUUUACUCUCAUUAUAUACCUACGAUGAUAUAAUUUCUAUAGAUGCCAACAGCCAUAAAGGAAUGUUUUUCAUCCGUCAGGGUAAUUAACGAACAAACAUAAUAUUAUGAGUCAAUUCUGCAGGUACACGCUAAAUAUUAUAAUAAUAUUUUUGGUAUGAUAUUCUGUAAAAAUACUUAUUAAUGAGAUAAUACUGGACUUUCAGCAAGGAUUCGGUGUAAUUAUUUGGAUUAUUUUAUUGUAUCAUUUAUUAUUCAACUAGUUUUAAAUCCCUAAUAUCCGUACUAAUAUUAUAAAUGCGAAGGUGUGUGUCUGUCGCGUGUCUAUCUAUUGGUAUGUCUGUCUGUCUGCUAGCUUUCACUAAUAGACGGUUCAUUCGUUUAACCGAUUUUGACGAAAUUUGGUACAGAUAUAGCUUGCAUGCCGGAGAAUGACUAAUUUUAAUCCAGGAAAAUCAAAAAGUUUCCACGAGAAUUUUAAAGACCGAAAUCUACGCGGACCAAGUCGCGGACAUCAUCUAGUGAUGAAUAAAAAAUAUUUAUUAAAUCGUUGCAUAAUUAUAUGCUACCUAAAUAGAAACGAAAGAAGAAUGUGAUUAAAAGUUUUAGGUGCAUGGAUAUAAUUUAAAAUAAAUUUAAAAUUAAGUUAUGCCGAAAUGUUUAGCUUAUAGUAUCCCGCCGAAUAUAUUAGUUAUUCGGUCAAGGAAUCUUCGAAGCACGUUGUGGAAAUUUCUGUACAAACUAUACAUAAUGAUGUAAGGUAUUCUGAUGUGUAAAAAGAUGGUUGUUUGAGUAAUGUAAGACGUGUAAGAAAUUACUUUCGGAUAUAAUAGUUAAGUACCGUUAAUGCAAGUCGUUAAUGAGGACACUUGUCUUUUAUGCCUACGUGAUUAUUGAUAAAAUAUAAAGUUUCAGAUGGUAUACUUAUUUAUUGAACAUUGUGAUAUUGGUAACAUGUAACUCAGUAUUAUUUGACAUUAAAACAUCAUUAUAUUUCCAUCAAACAAUUUUAUUUUACUUUUCUAAAUAAUAUUUGAUGUUUCGCAUAAUUUAAUAUUAGGUUUACGGAUCUCAAAUUGAGACUAAUCUUCUUAAGUAGGUAAUUAAUUGCCUUUCAUACCUGUUUCGUAUAAAUACAUGUACCUACCUAUUGAAACGGGCUAAAAUAGUAUAAAUAGUGCGAUGUCGAUUUUUAUAUUAUUAUUGAUCCUCUAACGCCCUAAACAUGUGAAUUAUAUAUUUCGGCAGUCUUUUGAAUAUCACUGGAUUUAGAUUAUCUUAUCUUCUAUUUACUUAUUGAUUAUAUUUUA